AUGGAGAGAAAGGAAGAAAAAAGCAGUUUGAAUUCUCCAUUAAUAUUACGAAAUAGAGAAGAAAAUAAGGCAGAGAUUAUUACUGAACAAGUGAAGAAACAAUUAUGGUUAUCUGGACCUCUUAUAACAGUUAAUCUCUUACAGUUCUGCAUACAAUUGAUUUCAGUUAUGUUUGUUGGUCAUCUUGGUGAACUCUCACUCUCUGGUGCUUCAAUGGCUACUUCUUUUGCAACUGUUACUGGUUUCAGCUUACUGAUGGGAAUGGCAAGUGCAUUAGACACGCUAUGUGGGAAAUCUUACGGAGCGAGACAAUAUCAUAUGCUAGGCAUACAUAUGCAAAGGGGAAUGUUUAUUGUUUUACUAGUUAGCAUUCCGCUAGCUUUCGUUUUGUCCAGCACAUGUCGUAUUCUCUUAGUUGUGGGAAAAUAUCCUGAAAUAUCAGCCGAAGCAGGAGUUUAUGCUCGUUAUAUGAUCCCUUGCUUAUUCGGGUAUGGACUUCUUCAAUGUCAUGUCAGGUUUCUACAAACACAAAACAUAGUUUCCCCAAUGAUGGUAAGUUCUGCAAUGACGGUGUCACUGCACUUUCUUGUAUGUUGGGUUCUGGUUUUCAAAGCUGGCCUAGAAAAUAAAGGUGCUACAAUUGCGACUUCCAUAUCUUGUUGGAUCAAUCUGACGCUUCUAGUACUUUAUGUUAAGUACUCUGGUAAAUGCGAAAGGACGUGGACUGGUUUCUCAAUGGAAGCACUCCAUGACAUUCUUAACUUUAUAAGCCUCGCAAUUCCUUCUGCCAUCAUGGUCUAG